UCUAGCUUUUCUCUUAAGUUAGCUUUUAAAGCGAAAAAAAUCGAUAUAACGAAUUAGUCGGCGAACAACUGUUGCACGUGAAAGAAGUAAAAUAUUUUAUUGCCGAAAUAUAGUUGUAACGUUUGUAUUUUGGCUAAAUAAUUAGGAUAAUACUGAACGUGGAACCACAAUUACUGGAUCUUGUUUUAAAGUUACCAGCAGCAAAGUUCAAAAAGCAGUCGAGAUGGGAACUUUGUCAUUGAGUGAUUUCAAAGAGGUGCGAAUUCCGGCACCUUGGGGUCACAUCUCAGGUCGUUGGUAUGGCAACCGUACAGAGCGACCGAUCCUGGCAAUCCACGGAUGGUUGGACAACCUGGGUACCUUUGAUCGCCUGAUUCCCCUACUUCCGGAUUACAUAGGAGUACUCUGCAUAGAUCUUCCCGGUCAUGGAAGAUCCUCUCGCCUUCAGCCGGGUCUGCACUACAACAUGUACGAUUACAUUUACAUCAUUCCCCGGAUAAUGAAGGAGUACGGAUGGUCGAAAGUCUCCCUGAUGGGUCACUCUUUGGGUGGCAUCAUUAGCUUCUUCUACACUUCCCUGGCUCCAAACACGGUGGAUAUGGUCAUCUCCUUGGACAUCUUGUUGCCUAGGCCACUGGGAGAUCCCAGAAUGGCACUUGCCCAAGUGGCCCAGGAAAUGGACAAGCACCUGGUGGAAGAGGAUCGUCAGGAGGAGGGUAAUCUGCACGAGCCGCCCUCCUACACCCUUUCCCAGUUGACCAAAGUCCUCGCCAAGGGGAGUUACAAUUCGGUGACUCCCGAGUUUGCUAAACACCUGUUGUAUCGCCAGGUGGCCAAAUCCCAACUUUACCCAGACAGAUUCUUUUUCUCCAGGGAUGGAAGGGUGAAAUACUAUCACUCCAUGCCUGUGGAAACCGGACUCGCAGCGGAAAUGGCGGGAAGGAUCCGAAGGAAGCCCUACCUGAUCAUCAAAGGAUCAAGGUCACCGUAUGUGGGAGUUGAAUGUGGUGAGCCUAUGUCCAUCCUGGGCCAAAACAAUCCGCACUUUGAGUUCUACGAGGUGGAGGGUGGAACCCAUCAUGUCCAUCUCCAUGCUGCCGAGGAGUGUGCCCGCUACAUAGUGCCCUUCAUCCGGCAUCAUCGACCUCCAACCUUGACUUCUUGGUCACUCACCAGCAAGGAGCAACAACUUAGUUUAAACGAAAAACGCAGGGCUCAGGAGAGAUUCUUUGAAAUUAGUAAAAAUAAACGCAGCAAACUGUAAGAUA